UCUUCAUAUUUUAAUUGUAAGUUCUAAAGAAUUGAACGCUUUAACAUAUUUCUAUUUAUGUUUUUUUAAUGUUCAUAGAGAAUGAAAAAGAUAACAGACCUAGCAUACUUAGGCGUCUUAUACAUGAAGGUACUCUAUGAAUUAGUAGCCUCUGUUUUGUGUUAGUCUGCGCUAGUCACGCCCUAAUCCAAAAUGUAUACUAUAUUCCGACCGGCAGUGUUUUGUGGCUGUCGUCGCAACAGGCUGUUUUGUAUCAAACGUAAAAUAUAUUCCAGUGAUUUAUUAUUCAAAAGGAGUUGAGUUCGAACAAGCUGGAUUACGGGAAUGGGGAACAAAAUUGUAACAUUUACGGAACAACAAUUAGAAGAUUAUCAGGACUGUACAUUUUUUACAAGGAAGGAAAUAUUAAGAGUUUUCAAACGAUUUCGAGAAGUGAACCCGGACCUUGUCCCAAAGCGGAUGACGGAAAAUCAAGCUCACACCAUAGCUGUGCCUGUAGAAGAAAUAGAAAAACUACCUGAAUUAAAGGAGAAUCCUUUCAAGCGUCGCAUCUGCCAAGUAUUUUCGCACGACGGCUCCGGCAACCUUACGUUUGAGGACUUCCUCGACAUGAUGUCCGUCUUCAGUGAAGCGGCGCCGAGGGAUAUUAAAGCUUGGUACGCAUUCCGUAUCUACGAUCUGGACGACGACAUGUACAUAGGACGCGAGGAUCUGCUGGAAGCGACACGGCUGCUGACCAAGGGCGAGUUGCAUCCACAGGAAAGAGACGAGAUCGUCGCCAGCGUGUUGGACGAGGCCGAUGUUGAUGGAGACGGGAGGUUGUCCUUUAUGGACUUCGAGCAUGUCGUUGUACGCGCACCUGACUUUUUAUCCACAUUUCAUAUUAGAGUUUAAUGAUAUUGAUAGAAUAAAUGAGAUGAAUGAAACAAUUAUUGACUACAUUCAUGACAGCUAAGGAGUACCUAUAGGUUUGGUGUUCCAUAGAGAGAAAUCAUUGCACCAGUAAAAGUUGGAAUUAAAGUAAAAACAUAUCCCAAAACUGUCACACUUAUCAGGCAUACUAUUUUGUUCAUUCUUUUGUGUGUAUUCAAUAUCA